AUGACAAUUUUGAAAAAAUUCGAGUCGAGCUCGGCACGAGUUAAAGGAAUUUCGUUCCAUCCGACUCGGCCAUGGGUUUUGGCGUCAUUACAUAGUGGUAUCAUCCAAUUAUGGGAUUAUCGAAUGUGUGUUAUGUUAGAUAAAUUUGACGAGCAUGAUGGUCCAGUACGUGGUAUCGCAUUCCAUAGUCAACAGCCAAUUUUCGUAUCUGGCGGCGAUGAUUACAAAAUUAAGGUUUGGAAUUACAAGCAACGUCGUUGCGUAUUCACUUUACUCGGUCAUCUUGAUUACAUUCGUACCACAUUUUUUCACAGCAAUUAUCCGUGGAUUAUUAGUGCAUCGGAUGAUCAAACAGUACGGAUUUGGAAUUGGCAAAGUCGCCAUAGUAUCGCCAUUUUGACUGGUCAUAAUCAUUAUGUAAUGUGCGCUCAGUUUCAUCCAACCGAAGAUCUGGUGGCGUCGGCUUCUUUAGACCAGACCGUUCGAGUUUGGGACAUAUCUGGACUUCGGAAGAAGAAUGUUUCACCAGGAACUGGUAACAAUAUGUCACGUGUACGUUCGGUAAGUGGUGUAGCUAGCAGCGAUUUGUUUGGACAACCUGAUGUCGUCGUCAAACACGUUUUGGAAGGGCAUGAUAGAGGAGUCAAUUGGGUUUCGUUCCAUCCAACGAUGCCACUUUUGGUGUCGGGUGCAGACGAUCGCCAAGUAAAAUUAUGGCGUUACAAUGAAAGCAAAGCUUGGGAGGUGGACUCAUGUCGCGGGCAUUACAACAACGUAUCGUCGGUAUUGUUUCAUGCAAAGGCAGAAUUGAUACUGAGUAAUUCCGAAGACAAAAGUAUUCGUAUUUGGGAUAUGCAAAAGCGCACAUGUUUGCACACAUUCAGGCACGAUAACGAUCGGUUUUGGGUUUUGGCUAGCCAUCCAACACUAAAUAUGUUCGCAGCAGGUCAUGAUAGUGGAAUGAUGGUAUUUAAAAUUGAACGUGAACGUCCAGCAUUUUGUGUGCAUGAAAAUCUGGUGUUUUAUGUAAAGGAUCGUCAACUGAGACGUUUGGAUUUAACUAACAACAAAGAUGUAGCAUUAGUGCAACUUCGUGGUAGCAAGCUUAUGCAACCGUAUUAUUCAUUGCAUUACAAUCCGGCUGAAAAUUCAUUCCUUUUGAUUACGCGUUCUCCUAUGCUCGAAUAUUGUACAUACGAUAUGUAUAAGGUAUCGAAAGAUACAUCUGACGGCAAUGCUGAAGCUCCGGAAGGGAAGCGCUCUCCGGGUGUGGCUGCAGUCUGGGUUGCACGCAAUCGUUUUGUUGUUUUGGAUAAAAAUCAACAGAUUACGGUCCGGGAUUUGUCAAAUCGUGAAAAUCGAAAGAUUGAACAAAGCUUCCCGAUUGAUGAUAUUUUUUACGCUGGAACUGGACUUUUGUUGCUGAAAAAUAACGAAGGUAUUCAGCUGUUUGAUAUCCAACAAAAGCGCACCCUAGCUUCAGCAAAAGUUCCUAAGGUGAAAUAUGUGAUUUGGUCAAAGAAUCUGGAAUAUGCAGCUUUGCUUAGCAAACAUACUUUAACUUUGGUGUCACGCAAAUUACAAAUCUUAUGCACCGUUCAAGAAUCAACGCGUUUAAAGAGUGGCGCUUGGGAAGAAGAAGGUGUGUUUCUCUAUACCACCAGCAACCAUAUCAAAUAUGCGUUAACAGUAGGUGAUCAUGGCAUAAUCAGAACAUUAGAUGUACCGGUAUAUGUGAUUGCUGUUCGUGGUGAAAAUUUGUAUUGCUUGAAUCGCGAAGCAGUUCCAGUUGAAGUACCUAUUGAUCCAACAGAGUACCGCUUCAAAUUAGCGCUAAUAAAUCGUCGUUACGACGAGGUACUGAAUAUGGUGCGCUCAGCAAAUCUGGUUGGUCAAUCAAUUAUCGCUUACUUGCAGAAGAAAGGUUAUCCAGAAGUUGCUCUACGUUUUGUGAAAGACGAAAAAACUCGGUUUGGUUUAGCGCUCGAAUGCGGUAAUCUUGAGGUUGCCCUUGAAUCAGCUAAAGUGCUCGAUGAUAAGGCAGUUUGGCAGGCUCUUGGCGAAGCUGCUUUAAUGCAGGGUAAUCAUCAGAUUGUCGAAAUGGCAUAUCAACGCACAAAAGAUUUCGAGAAGCUUUCAUUUUUGUACCUAAUUACUGGGAAUAUAGAGAAACUGCAAAAAAUGAUGAAAAUUGCACAAAUUCGCAAA